AUGUGGGGAGUGGAUAUUCUAGGACAGUUCAAUAAGGGAAAAGGGGGCGUUCAAUUCUUGAUUGUUGCUAUUGACUACUUCACUAAAUGGGUGGAAGCACGUCCCCUGGCCAGAAUCAAUGAGCAGGCAGUAGAGAAAUUCGUUAGGGAUGAUGUCAUAUUCUGCUAUAGUGUCCCGAAGGUGUUGGUCACGGAUAAUGGUCAACAAUUCGACAAUCUAAAAGUCAGGCACUUCUGCAGCAACUUCAAUAUUGAUUUCCGAAACACCGCUGUAGCACACCCGCAAUCGAAUGCUCGGACACCCACAGGAGAGACACCAUUUCGACUGGUAUACGGAACUGAAGCGUUAACCCCUGUGGAGGUAACCCAAGCCUCGUUCCGAUUAGCAGUGUUCGAAGCCUCACAGAAUGAAGCUGGGCUCCAAGCAAACGCCGACUUCAUAGACGAAGUUCAGGAAGAAGCACUUCUUCGAAAUGAAACCUACAAGCAGAAAUUCCGGCAAUACCAUAACAGGAGGGUCAAGUCACGGGGAUUCAUAGUUGGGGACUUGGUGCUGAGAAAAGCAGCAACGGCGGACCCAAGAAGUGAAGGCAAGCUCAGCACGAACUGGGAAGGCCCUUACAUAGUCUCCAAAGUGGUACGCCCUGGCACAUACCACUUGCAGACUCAGGGGGGUACAACUAUACCAAGGGAAUGGAAUGUUGAAAAUUUCAAAAAAAUUUACCAGUAG